AUGGAUCAGGGCUGGUCUGUGACCUGCAGGGGAUCGUCGGGUCCAGCUGAGGUGCCCGCUGCUGCUGGGUACGUGAGGGCUUCACCGGGAGGGGAGGCUGAUCUGAAGAAAGGACAGUUGACAUUGAAUGAUGUGGUCAUCGAAUUCUCUCAGGAGGAGUGGGAAUGCCUGGACGCUGCUCAGAGGGCCUUGUACAGGGACGUGAUGGUGGAGACCUGCAGGAACCUGCUCUCCCUGGAUAUUUCUCAUAUACACGUGAUAAGGAAAUUACAACUAAAAUCAAACAUUGAUAGAGGAGGAGUAUUCCAAACAGUGAUAUUGGGAAGACAUGAAAUCCAGGAAAUUAAACCUUUUUACCUCUCGGAAAUACAGGAGAAUAUGUUUGACUUUGGAUUUCAGUGGAGACAUGAUGAAAGAAAUUACAGAAAUAUCCUUACAUCCCAUAACCAAAAUGUCACUGAUAGAAGAAGUCAACAUGGUGGAAGGGAUGUGGGAAACAACGAUAUUGGAAAUAGACUUGUGUUAAGCCUUCAGGAUGAACUGCAUAUGUUUAAAAGUAAACAGAAAAUUGAUGAUUUUAAUAAAGCUAAUAAGAGUAUCAACAGUACUUCCUCAUUUUCACCAGUUGAAGGAAUUUCUCCUCCUGUCCAAACCAACAUUUCUAAUAUAUAUUUUAUGCAUGCUUCAAUACUGACACAAGACCAGAGCCCACACAGGGAAAUACCUUACAAAUGUAAUGAGUAUGGCAAAACGUUUGAUCAGGGCUCAAAUCUCGGGAGUCAUCAGAGAAUCCAUAUAGGAAAGAAAUUACAUAAAUGUGACGUAUGUGACAAGGUCUUUAGCCGAGAUUCAUAUCUUAUAAUUCAUCAAAGAAUUCAUACUGGAGAGAAACCUUACAAAUGUAAUGAGUGUGGCAAGGUCUUUAGUACAAAAGGAAGGCUUUCGGUUCAUCAGAGAAUUCAUACUGGAGAGAAACCUUACAAAUGUAAUGAGUGUGGCAAGGUCUUUAGUACAAAAGGAAAGCUUUCAGUUCAUCAGAGAAUUCAUACUGGAGAGAAACCUUACAAAUGUAAUGAGUGUGGCAAGGUCUUUAGGACAAAAGGAAAGCUAUCAGUUCAUCAGAGAAUUCAUACUGGAGAGAAACCUUACAAAUGUAAUGAGUGUGGUAAAACCUUUAAUCAGAGCUCAAUCCUCACUCGACAUCGGAUAAUCCAUACAGGAGAGAAAUUACAUAAAUGUGAUGUAUGUGACAAGGUCUUUAGUCAAAAUUCAGACCUUGUAAUUCAUCAAAGAGUUCAUACUGGAGAGAAACCUUAUGAAUGUAAUGAGUGUGGCAAGGUCUUUAGUCAGAAAAGAAAGCUAUCAGUUCAUCAGAGAAUUCAUACUGGAGAGAAACCUUACAAAUGUAAUGACUGUGGUAAAACCUUUAAUCAGAGCUCAGCCCUCAGAAUUCAUCAGAGAAUUCAUACUGAAGAGAAACCUUACAAACGUAAUGUGUGUGGCAAAACUUUUCAUCAUGGCUUAACUCUCUGGCAUCAUCAGAUAAUCCAUACAGGAUCCAAACCAUAUAAAUGUGAUGUGUGUGGCAGAGUCUUUAAUCGAAAUGCAGUCCUUGUACUUCUUCAGAGAAUUCUUACUGGAGAGAAACCUUACAGAUGUCAUGAGUGUGGCAAGGUCUUUUGUGAGAAGACAACCCUUACAAGGCAUCAAGAAAUUCAUAUUGCAGAGAAACCUUACAAAUGUAAUGCCCCCCAGGUGUUCCAGGCUGUGCACAUCCAGGGACCAGUCACCACCUUGGACAGGAGCUUUGCCUUCCGGCAGGUCAUCUGCACAGAGUCAGCGAUAGUGAUUUCACUGUGCUAA